GAGGAUCACACCUACCCAUCCCAUGAGUAGACCGAGCUGAGAGAUGUGGAAGAAUUCGCUAACUCUCGAACUCUCUUCAUAAUAAAUAACUUUACCUAAGUAGGACGAUGAUUGCAUGUGAAAAGUUGAACUGUCAUUUAGCUACUGAAAGUACGAGUAUAUUAUCAGGAUGGUGGGUUAUGCACCCACUAACGACCGGGAGCAGCACCGGCAGCUGACAAAACUUGACUACGGAAUUGCAGGAGCAGCUAGCGGGGCCUUCACCCGUGUGUGUUUGCAACCGCUCGAUGUGCUGAAAAUCCGAUUUCAGCUUCAAGAGGAGCCAGUGAAGAGAGGAGUUCCCACUGCCAAGUACCAUUCUAUCUUUCAAGCUGCUGGUUCUAUCAUCAGAGAAGAGGGACUGAGCUCCAUGUGGAAGGGGCAUGUCCCUGCCCAAGCUCUCUCUAUCAUUUUCGGCGUUGCACAGUUUGUAACAUUUGAAGGGCUGACAUACAUGGCAUACCCUCUGCUACCCAGUGACUUGACAACAGGUGUAUACAAACCAGUCUACCACUUCAUGUGUGGGGGUGUGUCUGGGUGUAUGGCCUCCUUAGUGUCACUCCCUGUAGAUGUUCUUAGGACCAGACUAGUCUCUCAAGGAGAACCAAAGGUUUACAAAUCGAUAUCCCAUGCUUUACAAUCAAUGUACAUGGAGGCUGGAGUGCGGACAUUCUACAAGGGUCUUACUCCAACGAUGAUGCUACUCUUCCCUCAGACAGGGCUUCAGUUUGGUUUCUAUGCUCUCUUUACAAGGAUGUGGAAGAAAGCGCAGGAUAGGACUCAUAUUCAUCAACUCAGUGGCUUUCAGUCCUUACUCUGCGGUGGUCUUGCUGGUGUGUGUGCCAAGUCAGGAGUGUAUCCAUUAGAUGUGAUCAAGAAGAGGCUUCAAGUCCAAGGUUUUGAAGAGGCUCGUAGACCCUUUGGUCAUGUCACUCACUACACUGGCUUCCUGCACUGUAUAGCCACUAUAGCUAAGCAGGAAGGAAUGAAAGGUCUAUUCAAGGGACUCUCACCCAGUCUACUCAAAUCAUUCUUUAGCGUGGGGUUGCACUUUGCUGCCUAUGAGAAGUGCUGCCAAUGGCUAGCACAAGUAGAAAGAUGACGUGCCAUCACCUUGCUUCAGAGCUUGAACUUUACUAGGUGUGCUGUAAUGUAGCUUUGGAUGGGAGUGCUGAAUGUGCUGAAAAAUUAAUACAUUUAAUUACAAUAUGAAUGAUCUAUUAUGCAGGAAGCCUCAUCAGCAGGCGUGUACAAAGG